AUGAAUGGAUCACUUCGGAAAUUGGUGAUUUUGUGUAGUGUUAGAUCAAAUUUCAGGAGUUAUAGUAAUUGGAGGAAUUGCAAUGUGCAUAUCAGAGAUUCUCAUGAUUACAUUCACUUGCUUAAAAUGUGUUCGAGUGAAAAAAACUUGAAACAAAUUCAUGCCCAGAUUAUUGUUGGAGAUUAUGAGCAAAACCCAUUUGUUGCUUCAAAGCUUUUAGGGAAAUACAUUGCGCUUGCAGCUUCGAGUAUGGAAGAUGCACGGAAGGUGUUUGUUAAAUUGCCUGAAAGAGAUAUUUUCUUAUGGAAUAUGUUAUUACAGGGUUAUUCAAAACAUGGGCACUUUGAGGAUGCAUUGAGUUCCUUUGUUCUAAUGCGGGUGGCCAGUAUUACUGUAGAUCAAUACACACUUCUGUUUGUGUUAAAGGCUUGUGGCGGAGCGAAAGAGAUUAAAAUGGGUCAGGUUAUUCAUGGGUAUAUAGUUAAAUCUGGGUUUGCUUCGGAUCUCUUUGUUGGUAAUGCUCUAGUGGCAUUUUAUGGGAAGUGUCAAGAAGUUAGUUUAUCUAGGGAGAUGUUUGAUGAAAUGCAACAAAAAGAUAUAGUUACUUUGAAUUCGAUGAUUUCUGCUUAUGUUGUUAAUGGUGUUCCCAUUGAGGGUCUAGAACUCUUUCGUAUUAUGCUAAAUGAUGAAACAAUUUCGCUAGAUAAAGCUACACUGGUAGGCAUUCUUCCUGCUUGUGCUCAACAACCAGCUAUCAAAGAAGGUUUAUGGAUUCAUUCUUACAUUGUAAAAUCUUGCAUGGAACUUGAUGCGGCCUUUGGUAGUGGUCUUAUAUCAUUCUAUGCUAAUAUUGGACGCUUAGAUUCUGCAAAGUUGAUAUUUGAUCAAGUAUCUGAUAAGAACAUUGUGGUUUGGAAUGCGAUGAUUAGGGCUUAUGGAACACAUGGACAUGCUGAAGAAGCACUGAAGUUAUUUUCCCAACUUGUAGAUACUGGAUUAUGGCCAGAUGGUCUGGUAUUUUUGUGUUUACUCUCAGCCUGUAGUCAUGCAGGGAUGAUUUCAGAAGGCUUAGAAUUGUUUAAUAAGAUGGAACACUAUGAAGUUGAGAAAAUUCCUGAGCAUUAUGCUUGUAUCAUAGAUUUGUACAGCCGGGCAGGUCUACUAGACGAAGCAAUGAAAUUUAUUAAGACUAUGCCUAUUGAGGCAGGGAAGGAUGUCUAUGGUGCCUUGCUUGGUGCAUGUAGGAUACAUAAUAACAUUGAACUUGCUGAGGAAGUAGCGGAAAAGCUGUUUGAUUUAGACCCUGAAAAUUCAGGGCGCUAUCUCAUUUUGGUCAAGAUGUAUGAGGACGCAGGCCGGCAUCAGGAUGCUGCGAGGUUAAGGACUACAUUGAGAGACAAGAAGAUUCAAAGACCAGUUGGCUACAGUGCAAUUGAAAUAGAUUAUAAUCUUCACACAUUUGGAGCAGAGGAUGAAUCCCACCCAUUCAGGGAACAAAUCUUUGACACAUUGCAUAAGUUGGAGUUGGUGUUGAUAGAUGAAACAACUGUAGCUGAUCAAAUGGUAGUAAACUCACAAGUAACAGGGAUGGAGGUCGAUUAUUGGCAGUGA